AUGAAUUCCGCCGAGCAGACCGUUACGUGGCUCAUUACCUUGGGCGUGCUGGAGUCGCCCAAGAAAACCAUCUCGGACCCGGAGGGCUUUCUGCAGGCGUCUCUGAAGGAUGGGGUGGUCCUCUGCAGGCUGCUGGAGCGCCUGCUGCCCGGCACCAUCGAGAAAGUCUACCCGGAGCCCCGGAGCGAGGGCGAGUGCCUGAGCAACAUCCGCGAGUUCCUGCGAGGCUGCGGGGCGUCCCUGCGGCUGGAGACGUUUGAUGCAAACGAUUUGUAUCAGGGGCAGAAUUUCAACAAGGUCCUCAGCUCCUUAGUGACGCUGAAUAAAGUAACAGCAGACAUCGGCCUGGGGAGUGACUCCGUGUGUGCCCGGCCCUCCUCCCACCGGAUCAAGUCCUUUGACUCCCUGGGACCACAGCCUGCGCACGGCCGGACUUCACAGUUGUUCCAGGGCCAGUACCGCAGUUUGGACAUGACCGACAACAGCAACAAUCAGCUGGUCGUCAGAGCCAAGUUUAACUUCCAGCAGACGAAUGAGGACGAGCUGUCCUUCUCGAAAGGCGACGUCAUCCACGUGACGCGGGUGGAGGAGGGGGGCUGGUGGGAGGGCACGCACAACGGCAGGACCGGCUGGUUCCCCAGCAACUACGUGCGCGAGGUCAAGCCCAGCGAAAAGCCUGUGUCACCCAAGUCCGGAACCUUGAAGAGCCCUCCCAAAGGAUUCGAUACGACCGCCAUUAACAAAAGCUACUACAACGUGGUGCUACAGAAUAUUUUGGAAACAGAAAAUGAAUAUUCUAAAGAACUUCAGACUGUGCUUUCAACCUACCUACGGCCCCUGCAGACCAGCGAGAAGUUAAGUUCAGCAAACACGUCACAUUUAAUGGGAAAUCUAGAAGAAAUAUGUUCUUUCCAGCAAAUGCUUGUACAGUCUUUAGAAGAAUGCACCAAGUUGCCGGAGGCCCAGCAGAGGGUCGGGGGCUGCUUCCUCAGCCUGAUGCCGCAGAUGAAGACCCUGUACCUGGCGUACUGUGCCAACCACCCGUCCGCGGUCAGCGUCCUCACGGAGCACAGUGAGGAGCUGGGAGAGUUCAUGGAGCUGAAGGGCGCCAGCAGCCCAGGGAUUCUCGUGCUGACCACUGGCCUCAGCAAGCCGUUCAUGCGCCUGGACAAGUACCCCGCGCUGCUCAAGGAGCUGGAGAGACACAUGGAGGAUUAUCACCCAGACAGACAAGAUAUUCAGAAAUCCAUGACAGCCUUCAAAAACCUUUCAGCCCAGUGUCAGGAGGUGCGGAAGAGGAAGGAGCUGGAGCUGCAGAUCCUGACGGAGGCCAUCCGCAGCUGGGAGGGUGACGACAUCAAGACCCUGGGCAGCGUCGUCUACAUGUCCCAGGUCCUGAUCCAGUGUGCCGGCAGCGAGGAAAAGAAUGAAAGAUAUCUUCUACUCUUUCCAAAUAUUUUGCUAAUGUUGUCUGCCAGUCCUAGGAUGAGUGGUUUUAUAUAUCAGGGAAAGCUACCAACGACAGGAAUGACGGUCACAAAGCUUGAGGACAGUGAAAAUCAUAGGAACGCGUUUGAAAUAUCAGGGAGCAUGAUUGAGCGGAUCUUGGUGUCCUGCAACAACCAGCAGGACCUUCACGAGUGGGUGGACCGCCUGCAGAAGCAGACGAAGGCCGCCUCAGCAGGAAACCCCAGCAGCAAGCCUCACUCGGUGCCGUCGCACACCCUCCCCUCCCACUCCAUCACACCGUCCAGCAAGCACGCGGACAGCAAGCCCGCGCCGCUGACGCCCGCCUACCACACGCUGCCCCACCCCUCCCACCAUGGCACUCCACACACCACCAUCAACUGGGGGCCCCUGGAGCCUCCGAAGACCCCUAAGCCCUGGAGCCUGAGCUGCCUGCGACCAGCACCCCCUCUGCGGCCCUCGGCUGCCCUCUGCUACAAGGAGGACCUGAGCAAGAGUCCCAAGACCAUGAAGAAGCUGCUGCCCAAGCGCAAGCCGGAGAGGAAGCCCUCGGACGAGGAGUUCGCUCUGAGAAAAAGCACGGCUGCGCUGGAGGAGGAUGCCCAGAUCCUGAAGGUCAUCGAGGCUUACUGCACCAGCGCCAAGACGCGGCAGACGCUCAACUCAAGUUCACGCAAAGAAUCUGCUCCGCAAGUUUUGCUUCCAGAAGAAGAGAAAAUUAUAGUUGAAGAGACUAAAAGUAACGGUCAGACAGUGAUAGAAGAAAAGAGUCUCGUCGACACCGUGUAUGCGCUAAAAGAUGAAGUCCAGGAGCUACGACAGGACAACAAGAAGAUGAAGAAGUCUCUGGAGGAGGAGCAGAGAGCCCGCAAAGACCUGGAGAAGCUGGUGAGGAAGGUUCUCAAGAACAUGAAUGACCCUGCUUGGGAUGAGACGAACCUCUGAGGGGUGUCCUGGUGCUCCGUUAAGACCGGUUCCGAGACUGAGCCGGAGCCCCACAACCCCCGCCCCUGACGGUCAGGCUGCUGGCGGGGCCGUGCGUGGAGACUGCAGCCGGGCGGCCGUGAGCUCCAGGCCGAGCCCAGACCGUGUCCCCCCACACCCAGUAGCUCGUCCCGCAGUGAGCACAGUGGCGGCGUCUGGACUCGCGGGCUCCGAGUGAACGCCUGUCAGUGUCCUGUGGACGUUCCCUGGAAAUGCCCCGCUCUGAACGCACACGGAGGGGCUUCCGUCUGGGCUGGCUGCUGGGCCGCAGUCCGUUUGCACUCACCUCUCUGUUCCCGCGCCCUGGGGCUCAAGCUCACUGCUCGCGGGGACUGGAGGCUGCAGACCCACAGGUGUCUCUGGGGGUGCCUGCUGUGCUGAGGCUCUCCAGAAACACCGCCCACAGUGUCUGCCUGCGGGGCCUGUAGACUGCAGGGGCCCCGUCUAUGCCCCCAGGCUCCCGGUCGAGCAGGGUCGCAGUCUGUGUGCAGCGCUGGGCUGAACCCGGGGCCUCACCUCGGCCCCGAACCCGAGAACCACAUCUGCUGCCCCCGGGCCCCGUGACAGCUGGGCGCACGCCCGCCCCUGUGAGCACGUGCAUGGCAGAGGGUGCCUGGCUGGGGCUGGCCUGGUAACUCGGCCAGGUGCACCGUCCCGUCCUCCCAGGAGCAGCUCCCUGAAGCCUGUAAAUAAAGUGUGUUAUUUAUUGCACGUCGCUGCAGCCCAUGAGGACACGCUGCCGGGCGCAGGUGGCCUCUGCGUGAGGCCGCUCUGACCCCAACACCUGCCAUCCCGUCGGGUGCGCGGGCAGGCCUUCCGUGCUUGCUGAGGAGGCAGCGUCUGCACUGUUUCUGCACGAAUCGAGCAGUAGAACACGCCCGAGACUCCCCAAGAAGGGGGCGUCGAGAUUAGGGCCCCCACCCCACGCUGAAUCCAGCUGGCCAGGGCCCAUAGGAGGGGCCUGUCCUCAGGCCCGGAGCCCUGCCCAGGGUCCAGCCAGUUCACGGGACCUGCAGGCCCGGAGCCCCGCCCAGGGUCCAGCCAGUUCACGGGACCUGCUCCUCCGCCCUGCUCUUCUGAAGAGGCCAUUUGUGAAGUGAGAUGAACUUGUAGAGGACAAGUGUUGUGUCCUUAAAAGCCCAAACUCCAGCCCCUGGAUCAGGGGUGUCUCGGAAAUGCCUGCGUGGCGUCAGACGUGACUGUGACCUGCGCUCCUCUGUCUGCAUCGGCCGGACGCCCCUGACCUGGAGCAGCUGCUGGUCUGGGUGCCCGUGGCA